CUCGCGAGCUCGCUUCAGAAAAAACCAAAUCCUCUAUUCCUGCAUCGCCCGCAUCUGUUCGUCCCCCCUCUGCGGCGGCGGUGGCGGUGGCGACGAUGGGGCUCGAGAUGGAGCCGAUGGCGGCGGCGAUCGGCGUCUCGGUGCCCGUGCUCCGCUUCCUGCUCUGCUUCGCGGCCACCAUACCGACGGGCCUCCUCUGGCGCGCGGUGCCGAGCGCCACGGGGCGGCACCUCUACGCGGGGCUCAGCGGCGCCGCGCUCUCCUACCUGUCCUUCGGGGCCACCUCCAACCUCCUCUUCGUCGGGCCCAUGGCGCUCGGUUACCUCGCCAUGCUCCUCUGCCGUCGCCGAGCUGGCCUCGUCACCUUCCUCGGCGCAUUCGGCUUCCUCAUCGCAUGUCAUGUCUACUACAUGAGUGGGGACGCGUGGAAGGAGGGAGGCAUCGACGCAACUGGUGCUUUGAUGGUUUUAACGUUGAAAGUCAUUUCAUGCUCAAUGAACUACAGUGACGGUCUCUUGAAGGAAGAAGAGGGUCUACGUGAUGCUCAGAAGAAGUAUCGCUUGGCUAAGUUGCCUUCUCUAGUCGAAUAUUUUGGUUACUGCCUCUGCUGUGGCAGCCACUUUGCUGGACCAGUAUAUGAGAUGAAAGAUUAUCUUGAAUGGACUGAAAGGAAAGGAAUAUGGGCCGGCUCAACUCCUUCACCAUUAUUACCUACUCUGCGUGCUCUAGUUCAGGCUGGAAUAUGCAUGGGGUUAUAUUUGUAUCUGUCACCUAUGUUUCCGCUUUCACGAUUUAGUGAACCUCUAUAUUAUGAAUGGGGUUUCUGGCACCGGCUCUUCUUUCAAUACAUGUCAGGAUUUACUGCUCGAUGGAAAUACUACUUUAUAUGGUCAGUCUCAGAAGCUGCAAUUAUUAUAUCUGGCCUGGGUUUCACUGGUUGGUCUGAUUCUUCUCCCCCAAAAGCCAAAUGGGACCGUGCUAUAAAUGUUGAUAUUCUGGGCGUCGAGCUAGCUGGAAGUGCAGCUCAAUUGCCACUUAAGUGGAAUAUUCAAGUGAGCACAUGGCUAAGAUACUGUAAGUUCUAUAUCUUGAUAUUCCAGUAGACCAUCAUUGUUAUU